AAUAAACCCGAAAAGAGAGGCACCCCCAACGCUUUCGUCUCACGCCACUGUCAAUUCUCAAAAGCACAGAGAGAGGAGAGAGAGAGAGAAUCCUCUAGCUAGUCAUUCUUCUCUCUUUUUUCCUUGGUAUUCAGAUUCACAAAACUACUACUAGUAUAUACUACUCCAAUUAUCUGCAGAUCUCUCAGAAUCUCUAAACUCUGUUUUUGUAAACCACAACUAACAACCAUGUCGAAGGACUGCGGAAACCACGGGAAGAAACGGCAAAAGCUCUACAAACGAAUCUGCGCCGGUAUCCUCAUCUUCAAUUUCAUCGUUUUGGUCAUGAUUCUGAUCAUUUGGGCUAUUCUUCAACCCUCCAAGCCCAGAUUCAUUCUCCAAGACGUCACCGUUUACGCCUUCAACACCUCCGUCCCCAAUUUCUUAACCUCCAAUUUUCAGGUAACCAUCUCCUCCCGAAACCCAAAUGACAAGAUCGGUGUCUAUUACGACAGACUCGACGUUUUCGCGGUCUAUCAUGACCAGCAAAUCACUUACCGUACCAGAAUUCCGCCCACCUACCAAGGCCACAAAGACGUUAAUGUUUGGUCACCGUUUGUUUACGGUAACCUUGUUCCAGUUGCGCCGUUCAAUUCCAUGGCGUUGACUCAAGACCAAGCUACCGGCGCCGUUAUGAUCAUGUUCAAGAUUGACGGAAGGGUGCGUUGGAAAGUGGGAACGUUUAUCUCUGGCCGUUAUCAUUUCUACGUCAAGUGUUCGGCAUAUAUCAAUUUAGGGAAUAAAAAUUCCGGAAUUAUGGUUGGUGAGAACGCCGUUAAGUACCAGCUGGUUCAGAGAUGCAGCGUCAACGUAUGAGAGAUGACGCCGUUACUCAUGUCUAUUAAGCACCGUUAGUGUUUUUUUUUAAUUUUCUUUUUAUGUGUUUAGUUUCAUCUGUUUGAAUUGGACCAUAUGAUACACGUAUAAGUCCUUGAAUUGUACAUUUUGCUAUAGAAUAAAAUAUCUGAGUAUGAGAGAUGAUAAAAAAACAAGAAUAGCAAAAUUGCAAUAUUAUGUGAACGGGAAAUUGUAGAAUAAAUUAUAUAUAUAAAAAAUUUGCAAUUAUUAUUA